AAGGUCUUGCCCGGUUAGUGUCUGGCACUGUCUGCAUUAAUUUCUAGUAGUACAUAUAAUUGAUCACGCAAUUUGAAUUCCAAAUUCGACUUACAGAAAAUGAACGUAAAUGGUUGGAAGUUUCUUUCCUUUGUGGUUGUCUUACAAAGUUUGAUUAUUUCGUUCGUAAAAGCUGGCCAAGGCCAGACAGGUUCAUGUUUUUCGUCGUCUUUCUCAAGAGCUAUUGGCUACAUCCUUCGCGGAUUUCUCAUUGGGGAAAUGAAAGUAUCCACUGUGAUAGAGUGUAAAAGAAGAUGUGUUAUCGGUGCCAAUUGUUUAUCAUUGAAUAUAUUACGUAUCGCUGACGGAAGAUUUGUGUGUCAUUUAAACAGCAAGCGCAAAGAAAGUGGUGCCAAGGAACAAUUUGUACCACACGGAGUGGGAGAGUAUUAUGGAUUAAAGGUACUUGCGGAGUACUGUAAAUUCCCAAUUGGUAGUUUGCAGUCAAUCCCUUGACAUUUACUAAUAAGACAAAGAUAUGGUGGCCAUGAUAAUGGUAUUUAAUUGUCUUGUUAGCGUUUCACACAAAGAGUAUGCGGAUGUAACUCAGGCGAGUUUCCCAGUUAGCUAGGCUCAUGCCUUAACAUAUGAGUGGACGAAACUUUGUUCGAUUUUUGAACCAAAUAUCUAACUUUAACUUUUGCACUUUUUUAGAAUAAGAGACUUUGCGAUGACAACAGCAAAACAUGUGACAGUGGUAAUAUCAAAAUAAGGAGUGAUUGGGAUAAGCACACAUGAUUGAGAUAAGCAUAAACAGGACAAAAAAGGAAAUUCUACCUUUGGGACUUGUAAAGCUAGACAAAAAAUCUAGUUUCAGAUAUAGAAAAACUAGUUUCAUAGUUAUUCUGACACUGCAGAGUAGGGCCUACAAAGAAAAAUUUAUUUUCUAUUCUAGAGUAUAGAAUGGAUAAGACACUAGUGUUUCAUAUCUCUGAGGGUGGUUCUGAAAUAGAACUGAAACACUGCACAUCCUCCAAGACAAUUAAGCGUUAUUAAAUUGUCACAAAAAAUUAAUAUUUCAUGAACUUAGAUUGGAUAAGACUCGCUAGAUUGGAUAAGACUUGAGAUGAUUGAAAAUCAUUGUUACAAACCAUGAAGUAUUAUUGCACCAUAUCCUGGUUAUCAAUUCAGUAGAAUAUAAUGUAGAUGUAUAUUUUCUUUAUAGCUACCCCAUGGCAUGCAUUUAACCAAAGUUAUUUUAAGUUUGUUCCUGUGGCACUCAGCUUUUACGAUGCAAUGAAAUCCUGUCGCGAAGAGAAAGCUGACUUAGCCUCUACCGCCAGCGAAGAAGAACAAAGAUUUGUGCAAAAAACCUUCUUGGAAACAAACCCACAAGGUAAGUAUAUAUUCGUUUUCUUCUGCAUGCCCGAAUUAGCGUCAUCCUGGUCCCCGGCAAUAAUGGACCCUAGCAUUGGCUGCAUUGCAAUUUUUAUCUGUUCGUUCUUUGUUACUGUUCGCGAACAAAUCGCCUAGUGGAAAAUGGACGUCAUCACUACUUGCUUGCAACAGCAUAAUUUCAUUAAGCUAUUUUAAAAUGUGUCUGACAUUAUUUAAAAUAUGUCCGACAUAGUUGCAAAUCUGUGUGCUUUUGGGACCUUCUUUGCUCGUUUAGGCACGUAUUAAAUCAAGAUAUUCUGGGAAAUUUUCCCAUCCCAUCCGAACACUGACAAUCUCUAGUUCAGCAAAUGUCCUCACUUGAGGGUUCCUUUGCUUACUACCUCCUGAUCUUGUGAAACCUUUAUUUCAACAGGGUUAAUCUUUCAGAAGACAAGCUUCUGCUAUCAAUAGAGGCCCUGUAAAUUUGAUCAGCUACAGUAUAGUACUAUUAAUGCUAUCAUGCUAUAAUCAUGUAAAUUUGAUCAGUACUUGUGAACCAUCAAGCACAUGUACUCUACUGGGUUGAGUUGAGGACUUUUUGCUGUCACCUGGAGGAUUGCUGCAUUUUUGGUUUUCAGCAGCAUUCUUCGACAUUGGGCGACGACCGACAACACAAAUGCUUGGAUACGAUGUUGUGAGAUGAUACCGUGCCAUUACAUUAGGAAAAUGUGCUAUAGCAACAUGAGGAACAAGAAUACAAGCGUUGAGAUGCCAGCAAAAAGUCGUAACCUUAACCCAAUAGAGAAUCUAUCCUACUUAUGGUUCACAAGAAAAGCGUAAGCAAAGUAAACCCGGAAUAAAGGACAUUUGGGAACAGUGGCGUAGCCUGCCCGACGAUUCAGUCCCAUUAUAUGCAAAUAUUGCCAUGUUUAUAAACCAUCAACACAAUCAAUUUGCAUAGCGGGACUAAAUCGUCGGGAUGGCUACGCUACUGUUUGGGACAGUUGGUAACGGAAUUUUGCAAAAUAUUGAACUCCUUGGGCUUUCAACUUUUGUCAAGUAUCAUAACUCCAUGUUAACAACAUAUAUCUGUCUGUUUCUUAGCGUGGGGCUUCAACUGGCUAGGCUUGAACGACCUGACUGUAGAAGGAAUUUUGGAGUGGAGCGAUGGAUCAACUGUCAGUUAUACUCGAUUUGCCCCCAACAUGCCCGACACUGAUGAGGAUGAUGAACAUUGUUUUAUAAUGUUAAAGAGUAAUGGAAAUUUUGUAAAGAAACCAUGUUGGUAUCCUCAGACUUUCAUCUGCGAAACCAACUACAGUUUAAUGUUUACAUAAAACCUUCUGCAAAACUCAUAAAUGCAGUCUAUACAAUCAAUAAAAUCAAUAUCAAGCAAAGUAAUAAAACAUUAGCACGCUAACCACUUGAUUCAAGAGUCCUGGAGAUCUAGUUGUAGAACCAAUACGUUGUUAUUA